UCGUUUCUUAUUCCACAUGAUCUCGCUGUGAGAGAGAGAGAGAGAGAGAGAGAGAGAGAGAGAGAGAGAGAGAGAGAGAGAAUUCUCGUUCUCGUGUGAAGGGUUUCGCCUCGCCAAUCAGAUUCGGAGGAGUUUGUUCUUGGAUUGAAAUGGCUUCGAGACCCAUUGUUCCCGUGCAAGCGAGAAUAGGCGAGGCAGUGAUAGCAGGAGGAGGAGCUAAGCAGCAGAAGAAGAAUGGCGCAGCCGAAGGAAGAAACCGGAAAGCCCUCGGCGACAUUGGCAAUCUUGUUACUCUUCGAGGCAUCGAAGGCAAGGUUCAGCCUCAUCGCCCUGUUACAAGAAGCUUCUGCGCACAACUACUGGCAAAUGCACAAGCUGCUGCGGCUGCUGAAAACAACAAGAAACAAGCAGUAGUUAACGUGAAUGGAGCUCCAUCCAUUCUUGAUGGACCUGGAGCGGGCAAAAGGGUGGAGCCAGCGGCGGCGAAAGCUGCUCAAAAGAAAGUCGUUAAGCCCAAACAAAAGGUUGAAGUCAUCGAUUUAACAUCGGAUUCAGAAGAAGUGAUCGAGGCCAAGAAGAAGCAACAUCAUGAGCCUACGAAGAAGGAAGGACAGAGAUCAUCGAGAAGGAAUAUGCCCACCCUCACUUCGGUCCUCACCGCUCGUAGCAAGGCAGCUUGUGGGUUGACCAACAAACCCAAAGAGCAGAUCGUGGAUAUCGACGCGGGCGACGCCAACAAUGAGUUGGCUGAGGUGGAGUAUAUUGAAGACAUCUACAGUUUCUACAAGGAGGCUGAGAACGAGAGCCUGCCCCGCGACUACAUGCCGUCCCAGCCGGAGAUAAACGAGAAGAUGAGGGCGAUCCUGGUGGACUGGCUGAUCGAGAUCCACAACAAGUUUGAGCUGAUGCCCGAGACCCUCUACCUCACCAUCAACAUUAUCGACCGCUUUCUCUCUGUGAAGUCGGUCCCGAGGCGUGAGCUGCAGCUGCUGGGCAUGGGUGCUCUCUUCACUGCCUCCAAGUACGAAGAGAUAUGGGCUCCUGAGGUGAAUGAUUUCGUGUGCAUCGCGGACAGAGCCUACAGCCAUGAGCAAGUGCUGGCGAUGGAGAAGACGAUACUGGGGAAGCUGGAGUGGACGCUCACCGUGCCCACCCACUACGUUUUCCUGGUUCGGUUCAUCAAGGCGUCGCUUGGGGAUCGCAAAUUGGAGAAUAUGGUGUACUUCCUUGCCGAGCUGGGUGUGAUGAACUACGCGACGCUCACGUACUGCCCCUCCAUGGUGGCGGCGUCGGCAGUGUACGCGGCGCGGUGCACUCUCGGCCUAACCCCUCUGUGGAACGACACUCUCAAGCUUCACACGGGUUUCACCGAAUCCCAGCUCAUGGACUGUGCGAAGCUGUUGGUGGGGUACCAUGCGAAAGCCAAAGACAGCAAACUGCAGGUGGUGUUCAAGAAGUACUCGCAUUCUCAGAGAGAAGCUGUCGCCGAGAUCCCACCGGCCAAAGCUCUACUUUGCGAAGGUGGUGGUCCGUCUUCUUCGUCGUCGUCGUCGUCUUCUUCUUGAAGGAGGAACGAGAAAAGGCAGGGCUCCCGAAGAAAAACGAGUUCAACACAGCUUUUGAGUUUGUUCUCGGCCAGAGC